ACCUCCGGGGCACCCGGGGUGGAAGGUGCAAACACACGCAUCACCACCACCACCCGCUCCACCACGGCCAGAGACGAGCCCGAGCGAGGUUGAUGCGCCCCGAGGAUGCGCCACCGCAGCAGCCGGGAGUGGGAAGAGUGCGAAUCGAUUGCGGCUGUCUUUUGUCUGGCCUGGGGCAGACAACGUUUCUCACACUAUCAACAAAACGGCAAAACUAAUUCCACCAUCACCAGCUCGAUCCACCACCCCCGCUCGCCUCCUCCGAUUGGUCACAAUCAAUCAACCAACACCACCGAACACACACACACGCGCGCCGUUACGAAGCGCAUUGGUGAGGUGUUGUUGUUGUUGUUGUUUUUGUGUGUGUGUGUGCGACAAAGGCGGCACGAUCAAAACAAGAUGAAUCAACGGUGAAACCCCCCUGCCCCCGCAUCCCAUCCGCAUCUUGGCCUGCUGAAUGUGUGUUGCAUUUAUUCGUCCUACGAGGCAGCUUGUUCUUGCCGGCGGAGAAUUUACUUCCAGUUGCCAGUUGGUGGUCGGUGUUGUUAUUUGUUUUGCUUCUAGCGACUUUGGGGCGUUUCGAUUCGUCUCUUUGUUGGUGGUGAAAAGCGGCAUCCAAACGAAGCUGCCGUCGAGCUUAAAGGAAACAGCCGGACACUGCAAACAUUUUGUUCCCUUGCUUGCGUUUAGGCAUUGAAGAAAAACUCUCCCCCAGCGCCUGUAACAGCUCCUCUGUCUGUCUGACAUUGCCGUUCGAUGUGGCUCAGUAUAGUGUCAUGUCAUUGUGAAUGAUAUUGGUGCAGCGUGACCGGUUAGCUUUUCCUGCUCCUUUUCGGUCCCGGUCCCGGUCGUCGGCUGUACGUUCGUCGCUUGUACCGCUCCGCAAGCGUAGGCAUCACCGCAUGCGUCAGCAGCAGCACGGGAGCAACGGAAACAGUGAAGCAUCACCACGCGCACCCACCUGACAAACACACCCGCAACCCGCAGAGCCGAGGGCAGCCGAGCCGUGCCGUGGCAGAGAGAGAGAGCGUGUGUGUGUGUGUCUGUCUGUUUUUUGUUGUUGUUGAGAUAUUUAUGGUGCUUCGAAUCCAAGUUCGAACCGAUCGCAAAAACCCGAUAUAAAUAGGUUUGCGCGCGCUACCGGGGACUUUCCGGUGGACGGGGCGGUACAGGAGGACGCACCGGGCAGCCUAGCCGACGCGUGCACCACCACGAGUGGGAGCAUCAUCCGUUCCUCCGCGCCGAGGACGGUUGUUGCCCCGUCCUCGUUCUCCGGCUUUACCGCACACCGGGGCGACGAAACCCGCCGGCAGCUGGAGCAGCAGCAGCAGCAGCAGCAACCGGAGCAGCCAACCGUGCACGACCGGUUACGGCCCGCGCCGCCAAGAAGCAUGUCCGGCACGACGGGCAAGCGCAAGGAGAUCUACAAAUAUCUCGCCCCAUGGCCGCUCUACUCGAUGAACUGGUCGGUGCGGCCGGACAAGCGCUUCCGGCUCGCCCUCGGCAGCUUCGUCGAGGAGUACAACAACAAGGUGCAGAUCAUCAGCCUGGACGAGGACACGAGCGAGUUCAGCGCGAAAAGCACGUUCGACCAUCCCUAUCCGACGACCAAGAUCAUGUGGAUACCGGACUCGAAGGGCGUGUAUCCGGAUCUGCUCGCGACCAGCGGCGACUACCUGCGGCUGUGGCGGGCCGGUGAGCCCGACACCCGGCUCGAGUGCGUGCUGAACAACAACAAAAACAGUGACUUCUGCGCCCCGCUCACCUCGUUCGACUGGAACGAGGUCGACCUGAACCUGGUCGGCACGUCCUCGAUCGAUACGACCUGCACGAUCUGGGGGCUCGAGACGAGCCAACCGCUCGGGCGCGUCAACCUCGUCUCCGGCCACGUCAAGACGCAGCUGAUCGCGCACGACAAGGAGGUGUACGACAUUGCGUUUUCGCGGGCGGGCGGUGGCCGCGACAUGUUCGCGUCGGUCGGCGCCGAUGGCAGCGUGCGCAUGUUCGACCUGCGCCACCUGGAGCACUCGACCAUCAUCUACGAGGAUCCGGCCCACACGCCGCUGCUGCGGCUCGCGUGGAACAAGCAGGACCCGAACUACCUCGCGACGGUCGCGAUGGACAGCUGCGAGGUGAUCAUACUGGACGUGCGCGUCCCGUGCACCCCGGUCGCCCGGCUCAGCAAUCAUCGCGCGUGCGUGAACGGUAUCGCGUGGGCGCCGCACAGCUCCUGCCACAUCUGUACGGCGGGCGACGACCACCAGGCCCUGAUCUGGGACAUCCAGCAGAUGCCGCGACCGAUCGAGGACCCGAUCCUCGCGUACACCGCGGCCGAGGGCGAGGUCAACCAGAUACAGUGGGGCGCCACCCAACCGGACUGGAUCGCGAUCUGCUACAAAACGGCGUGCGAAAUACUGCGCGUCUAAGGCCGUUCCCUCUGUUAGGCUUUUAGCGGUUGUUUUUAGUUUUUACAAUUUUUUUUUUCCAUUGCAAACCCAUUACUAUCCAAUUUAUGCUUUAGGUAGUUUUUUUUUUUUUUUUUUGGUUAGUUUACACUAGAUUAAUUUACAUCCACGCCGCGGUACACACGCGGUGCUGGAACGAAAUUUGUACAUUUGCUUGGUUUGAUGAGUCUAAACCAUUCCUUUAGCCCCCCCCCCUCCCCCUUCCCCCUUCCCCUUCCUGUGCGCUACAGCAGGCUCCAACCUGCGCGCACAACCACGUGUCACCAUUGUCUAGCUUUGGUAGCGAGAGAUUCAAACCUUACCUGCUAAUGAAUUUGAAUGCGAAUUAUUGUUUAUUGGAAAAGAGUAGCUUUUAUUUACACCAACAACGGCAUCAUGCCAUGCACCGCCACAUACUCAAUGCGCGCACCCCCUCUACGCAGCAUCAAUACGCAAAAAGACAUGUUUGACACGGAGUGUACGAACGAACGUAUAGGUUAAGCAGCUUCCUGCGCUAGCUUUACACUUACACAGCUGGGCGGGAAAAGCAUUCUUUCACGCUUCUACUCCUCCUCCAACACACUGUGCUGUAUCAUUUACGCAUCGGAAGGCAAGGGCGAUAUUUCGUAGAGGUAGCUUUUGCAUACCGCAGUCGCUGGAAACCUGACAAACGGCGAACCCUUCAAAUGAGCCUAAUUUGAAUAAUCGUGCAACAGUUAGAAUACGCAAUCCGGUAUGAAAAUUCACUGCACCCUUCCUCCAGGGGGGGUGUCGUUUCAAUCGUAAUUAUUUUCUUUUUUAUGUACUUACUUAUUGCUUAAAUGGAGAUACUUCUCUAUUGUCGAAAGCAACCCGUGUAAUCAGGAGUCGUAGCUAAACCUUCCCUUGUAGUGUUAAAAAGCUAGAACUAACUGGCCCCCUUCAGGGUUUUCCGGGGUUCUCUCUAGUCCAGGUUUCACUGUGCUACCCCCGCUGCAUAGUUUGUUAGGUGUAUGUUUAGGAUUUUUUUUUAAAUGUUUUGUAAUACUUUCUUAAAAAAAUGUGCAACUUUUAUCGCAAAACCCCAUAUAUCCUUGCCGCCCUCUUUUCCUGGUGUAAUACAGUUAGGGAAUAGUUCCAAUUACUGAACGGCGCAAAUGCAAACAGCAAACACGGGAGGGUUUUUAGCGGACGAACACCGAAAACAAUCAACCUUUCCACUGUACUGCUCAUAGGCAGCUAUUUUGUUUUAAAUUAUUUUCCUAAUUUUCGACAAUCGCGUGUCCGGGCAGCACUCCCCCCAGUACGCGUGUGCGUGGAGCCUAGUGGUACAACGCCGAGAACGGUUUAACCUGCCAAAUCGCUGCUUUUUUUUUUAAAUCAUUGAGCGAUUUUGGGGUUAUUUCAGAACGGCCUGUGUGUUGAUAGUGUUGGAGGAAUACCAAAAACAACAGAAAAAUGCAACGGCUUUUUCCCCCUGCUGAAGCUAUAUACUUUACUCGACGGCCUAGCGAUAGAAAAAUCAAACCGUAAAAGGAAAGCGUGUCCGUUUUGGUUCGAUGCUUCAGGUGUUUCAUCCUCCCUGCGCUGUCCUUGCAGGGUUUUCCUUGUCACUUUCGAAUGUGCACAUCAUUAUUCACCGUCUGCAAAAUGUUUUCCACAACUGUCACAUAUUGUGUAUUGACAUCACAAGAAAACUUCAGUUCUUACACAUAAUUUAAGAGUGAUCCAAUGGUCGAGUCGUCAACUCGAACGAUUCAAUAACAUGCGCGCCAUGGGUUCAAGUCCCUAAUGGGGACCGUCCCCCUGUAGCAAGGAUGUGACGACUAUACGCGUCUGUGUUUACGUUUAAGAGCCUGUGAAGGCCGGCAUGUCCGCGUAGGACGUUACGCCAAGCAGUAGAGGAAGAAGACGAUUUUCAACACAUCAUCACAAAGAGAACUGUCUCAAACUCAAUGCAACUUUGAGAUGUGUUCAAAAUUAUGUGGAAGAACUGUGAUAUUUUAUCGUGUUUUUCAAUACAAUAUGUGACAGCUGUUGAAAAACAUCUUGAAGGCGGUAAAUAAUGAAGUUCACAUUCGAAAGUGACUUGGAAAAACCCUGUACCUUUCGUGUAAUACUACACUUUGUAAUACUGAAGCAAAUAAUAAGCGCAUCUACUUGAUGAACAGAUAUACACACACACACACACACACAUACACACACACACACACACACACACACACACACACACACACACACACACAUACGGGGUUUUCCAAGUCACUUUCGAAUGUGCACAUAAUUAUUCACUAUCUCCGAGAUGUUUUUCAACAGCCGUCAAAUGUUGUAUAUCCAUCACAACAAAAUUUCAGUUCUUACACUUGAUUUUCAACACAUCACCCAGAACUGUCAAACCGCAAACCGUGUUGAGACGUGUUGAAAAUCAUGUGGAAGAAUUGAAAAACUAUUCAGAUGCAAAUUCAACGUUUGACAACUGUUGAAAAACAUGUUGGAGGCGGCGAAUAAUGAUGUGCACAUUCGAACGGAAAGCUCGGAAAACCUUGCAAAGGUGUAUCAUUAUACUCAAUUAUUUAAACAUGGGCGUAAGAAAAGUAAUAAGAAUAGAAGAAGAAAAAAACACAAACGAUGGGAUUAUAUUUCUCUAGUAUUGGGUGUUGUAGGUUAAUAUAUUUCUUUUUUGUUUUUAUUUUUACUAUCAAGGCCAGAGCGUCCUAUUAUUGCACUGUAAUGCCGUGCAUCGCACAGAUAUGCAACGUGGUCUGGAACCUAAAGGAUAGCCUAAUAUAAUACUGUAGUGGGCAAGGUGUUGUGCUAUAAUAGGAUGGCAAAAAAAAACACACACACACACACCCAUGCUAGCUGAUUAUAUGUAUACAUAUAAUUGUGGAUUAUUUAAGAUUACUUUAAGUGUAAUGGCAACACACAAUGCUGGUGGUAGUAUGGCGAGCCAGAUUUGUGUGCACCCACGGACUCACGAAAAAAAAAAGAAAUCUUACAACAAAAAAGAUGGACGAUUUUGUGAAAAGAAGAUGAUGAAGAAGAGGAGGAAAAAACGUUGUGAAACACAAGCGAAUCGGCCCGAGAAAGGGGGCAAAAACACUGUAACUGUAACGAGCAAAAACUGCGCAAAACGUAAAGGGGCACACCUAAGGGCGCUCUAUGCCUUAAAUGUAUAGCAAUGAUGCUUUUCGGGGUGGCAUCGUUUUGAUCACACACAUAGGGGGGGGAGGGAAAAACGAAGAAAACAAAACAACAAACCAAUCAGAACCAGCUACAAAAUGUUGGCUUUACAUUUCAAACAAGGACAUUACACAUUCGUCAUCAAUUUCCACUCUCACGUUCACUUCACUUACGUGUACUCUCCUGCAUAUACCUAUAGUGUACCGGCCCCGGGCUGAAAGUUACAUUAAAGUAGCGAAAGUACUUUCACAUACAACUGUUCAUCAUCAACUGACUGAUAACAUUUUUUUUUGCGUUUAAAUACAGUUUGUGUUUUAGUCAAAGUGUUUGUACCUUUCUCCGUGUUUUUGAAGGGAUAUGAGGGCUCCAUUGUUUUAAACUUAUUUUGAAAUCAACGACUCCCUCAUGUCUACCCCUUUUUUAUGAUUUCCUCCAGCCGCUGUAUUUAUCGUUUAUACGCAUUUUUAUGCUACCCAGUUUGGUCGUUUACCAAUAUUUAACAGCGGUGACACUGACUGUGCCGCUUCACCAGAUUCCGGAAGAGUGGAAUUGGCAGCUGGCAAUCGCACGAUAGGCAAGCAUUGCGGCGAAUUCUCCGGACGAAAGCGUGACUAGGGAGGAUGUGGUUGUGGUCAGCAAAUAUUGUAACCUUUUGCUUAUACAACGCUUAGUAGACCCACGGAGCACGGAAUGCGCACAGCAUCAAGUGAACUGUACUGGCACUCGGACUCUAACCGAUAGCAAACUCACCUCACGUGGGGGAGGGAGAGGGCACAUUUGUACGCAUUUCGUCAAAACGCAUUUUCGUAACGAUGCGAGUGGGUUAUUCGGUUUUCCCCUUUCGACGCUAUUUUAAGUCAUAAUUCUCUUAAAUCUCUAGUCUAGUCUACAGCUGAUUUGGUUGGAUCCAGCUUUUUGGACCACUCGCCGGGUGGAUUUUUUUUUGUUGUUGUUGCUAAAGUUGAUCCCUUCAUCUACGGUCACGUCCAUGAUGCAUACAUAUGAUGCUAACGAUCACACAGGGAACGUAUGUUAAGUUCGUACAUUGCCUAAAAUAAAAUCAGUAGUACACCACCAACAUUGACACAUGGGCCGACUUGAAGAAAACGAAAAAAAAAAAGGAAACCCUAACUCAUUAGUAUGCAUAGCAAUAUAAGAAUUUGAAUGUAUGUGAAACCAGGCAAGCAAAUAAUAAUUUAUAAUGCGCAGAGUAGGUACCAAGAGGAACCAGAACAGAACCCGGUACAUGUAAGCAAAUUAAUAACGAAAUAAAUAAAACAAAAAUAUGAAGAAAAAAAAAACACACUUACAAAACUAAGCCAAACAACAAACAGACAAAACUAUAGUCCUUCAAAACGAACACAAAACAAAAAGAGAAAACGCAAUAAAACAUAACAAAAGUAAACAACACAAAACGGUAGGGCUAAACAGAAAAAAAUGCAUUCUAAACGGUGAGGACGAACAUUUGGGCGAAAGAGAGCAAAACAAAAAAAAAACAAGGAGUAACAAUUUACGAUUAAAAUAAAGAUUUUCUUAAUGCAACUCAA